AGCUCUAAUUGGAUCAAGUGAAAACUUGCUUAGCUGGAUGCUUUGUGCUGGGAUUGGGAGCAGCCUGCAAACCCAGAGGAAGUGAGGCAGAGAGGGAGGAGGCCAGAGACUGCUGUGUGGAGCGAAAAGAUUAUGAUAGGAGGAGUGAGGGAAGAGGAAGGAGAGAAAAAAAAGGGGGAGUAUCCAGUCUCCUCUCACUCUGCUGUGUGCUGCUGCAGCCCCCCUCCCUCCCUUUAUGACUCUUUCUUUCGCUUUUCCCCUUACUCAUCUGUUUCUGUGGCUGCACUGAGAAGAAGGACACCUGCCGCUCCCUGAUGAUUCAGCUUUCAGCUGCUUGGAGCACUUUAAGACAAGAUAGCAUGUCCCUCCUGCCACUGCAGUGCUCGUCCAUCCUGUCCUUGACGAUACAGUUGCUGCAGCCGGCCCGUCACAUCGAACACCGCCCCUUCUCUGCCUCCUGCCUGAGUGUUCAGGUGAGUCAGUGCUACUUUCCUACCACUGCGCACGACUAUACCACAGAAAACGUGGAAAGAGUGCUUUGAUCUGACAAGCUUUUCUGCCUGCAGAUAAUUUGACAACUGUAGAACCCCACAGUUGUGUUUUUUUAAUUAUUUUUUACAGGAAACAUGUGUAAAGAACUCCUUGGAGACACGCUUUCCACAUACCUCCUGAACUGCUGUCAAGCUCCCACUCUCUGAAGGGCAAAUUUUUUUCUUUUGCCGUCCUCUGACAUCGCUGCUCCGACUCUGCAGCCUUGUGUUGGAGGACAUGGACACCGGUGGCAGACAGCAGCCGUGUGAUGCUCUGUUUUAAUAGUUGAUGCUUUUCAGUAAGACUUACCCAGCAGUUCAAAAGGAUGACUGAGGGAGUGGAGGACAUCUCUGCAGGGCCAGCUCCCUCUCCAGGAACAGCCUCCCCCACUGGCUCUCCUCUCGAUUCUGGACCAGUCCCAGAGGAGAAACCAGAGGAGACGGAGGCAGCUGGUGAGAGCAGGGAUGAGAGUGUAAAGGGAAUUACAGAGGAAGACAGUGGUGCUGCUGAUGGGGAGCAGGACAGAGCUUUGGGAAUCGUGGCCUUGCCGGCGACCUGCUGCGUGUGCAUAGAGAUGGAACAGAUUAACCAUUGCCUGCACUCUGAAAAAAUCUGCAUUCUGCCCAUCCUGGCCUGCCUACUCAGCUUAGCCCUCUGCACAGCUGGACUCAAAUGGGUCUUCGUGGAUAAGAUCUUUGAAUACGAACCCCCCACCCACUUAGAUCCCAAACCCAUCGGACAGGAUCCUAUUUUGAUAUCAUAUAACCCCACACUAGGCAUCACUGUCUCGAUUCCUCAUUCAGCUGCCUCCACUGUCUCCCUCACCACAACCAUCGCCAUUACCCCAGGAGGCUCCGAUGUGUUCGUGAACGAGAAAUCUACAGCUGGGCCGUUUGCGCCUCAGACUCCAACAUAUCCUUCUGUCACGCUCAAGUACAAUGCAGAACGAUCUACAGUUACAAAGCAGAGUCCCCGCCCACAAACAACACAAGAGCCGAACAAGAUCAUCCAAACCCUCUCUACCACCAGCACCUCCACUACUUCAAAGACCUCCAGUCAUGUAAUGCGAUGCAGUGACAGCCAGAAGAACUACUGUGUUAACGGAGGGGAGUGUUUCACACUUGAAAUCAUGCCUGGCAGUACAAAGUUUCUAUGCAGGUGCUUGGCGGGAUUCACUGGGCACCGAUGUGAACAAGCUGUGCUUAAAGUCUCAGACCCAAAACAAGCUGAGGAGUUGUAUCAAAAACGUAUUUUAACAAUAUCAGGAAUCUGCAUAGCACUCCUAGUGGUUGGAAUCAUGUGCGUGGUUGCCUACUGCAAAACAAAAAAGCAGAGGAAGAAACUCCGUGACCGCCUGAGGCAGAGCACCAAGAAUAAAAGAAAGAACAAUACCAGUUCUGGUACUGGCCCCAGUCUGGAAAGUUCUGCUACAGGACCACAGAAUUCUAAUGUACCUCUUCAAGAUUUAAAGUUUGUCAAUCCAUGUAAUGGGUCAACAAUGCAGCAGGCAACUGAGGAGACGGAGACAACUUUCCCCACCAGUAAAUAUGCCUCUGCAACUCAGCCUACCACACUCACCAACAUCUCCACCCAAAGAUUUGCAUCUGCCAUGACUCAGCUGUCACCUGAGUCAAAGACUGCUCUCAUGACUCCAGGCUCUCCUCCAUCAGAGAUGUCAGCCCCCAUGUCCAGCUUGGCCGUCUCUGUCCCCUCAGUGGCUUUAAGCCCCUCUGUUGAAGAGGAGCGACCCUUGCUGCUGUCAAAAAAGGGCCAGCCACACACGUCUUCGAGGCUAGAUGAACAGAAGAGGGGCUUUUCUCACUACAACCACGGCCACGUGGCUCACAGCUUACCGCCUAGCCCAGCGCUUGUCGCAAAGAAUGUCAACUGCGGAGCCACAGGUGACCAUGACACCACAGCUGCCAGCCAUAGUUUCUCCGAUUUAACUGAGAAACUAACUGAUCAAACCAACAAUACCAGUAACUGCAUUACAAAAAGAGCCGCAUGCCAUAUGCAGCAUUAUGCGGAGUCCAGUUGUGACAGCAUGCUGUUUAGUGAAACAGAGGACGCUCGGGGGGCAGACACAGCCUUCCUUAACGCAGACAGUACCACGGCCCUUUGGGAUAUGGAGAGCAGCAGGACUAAUCCAGCAUCACCAAUGAUAUUGUGCAAGUAAAAUGCCACAAUCUGGUUGCUGUGUAGAGUGUAAAACUUAGCAUAGGAUAUUUUACGUUUAGGAAACUAUAAAGAAAUAAGCACUAUUUAAAUGUUUGUUUUGGCAAAUUAGAUGCUGCAUAAAGGCGUUCAAAGAGAAGGGAAAACUGAAACUUAUUUUAGUGAUGUAGUAAAACGAGUUUUAUAAAGAAAAAAAAAGCGUUUCUGUGUUGCAGGUAAAGUGCCAUACACUAGCAAAGGUUCCCAGAAUAUUUCAGAGAGGAAAAAUAUCAGUGGUGCCUUUUCUGUUUUGUAUGCUUCAGAGGGAAAUAACAUUGCAUACUGGGCUCUCACUGUCCUCAUUUUUUAUAGGUUGAAAACGCAUGCUGUCUUUACACGUUUGAUAGAAUGAUGAGAAUGUUAUGGUUUCAUUUUCAGACAUGUGCUUUGAGAAGUUUGUUUUUUUUCCUCUGAUGUCUUUGUCUCAGUGCUAUCUCACUGAAACUGUUUUCAAGAAAUGCAUCACGAAACGAUACCGCCUGGACUGAUACUCACUGAUACAUUAACAACAUGGCUCAUUACCUGCAUUUGAUUAGAGGUAGAGAAAAUGUAAUAAAUCAUUUUGAUCUGUUUUUAUUGGUUGCUGUACUACACUUUAGCUGAACUGUUUGCCUAAGUAUUCUGUCACUCAAUAAAUAUCAUAACUGUGAGAUAAAUCUGCAGUCACUAAAAUCUGCUUCUUAACUCUUAACUAAUGCUGUUACCUGUGUACUCAAUACAAACAUGUAGGGUUCUUUUUUUUUAAACUCUAUACUGGGUUAUAAGGUCGGUAGGUACAGCACUGCUUCACUCCUGCACUUCUCAAAACCGGUGUCACGUGUGUGGCCAAGGACUGAAGUUUUCCAGAGAUGUUCCAAGAGAGCUGGACAUGAAACUGUAAAUGUCUGCAACAUACUGUAUACUCUUGACUUUCUGUAAUGUGUGCAUGAGCAGCUGCAGCAAGUGUGCCAACAUGUGAAUACAUCAGCAAAACUUGAACACUGAUGCAGAGCGAGUGUACCUGCUGACAUGAGUUGUUUUCUUAAUUGUUUAUUUCCUGACCUGAAUGUUGCCCACAAAACAUCUCUGGUGUUCAUGUAUGAAAACCUUUUUAAACAAUGCUGGAAAAAAAGGAACAAAAGAGGCCAAAUGCUACUGUCACACUGUUGCGUAUUUUGCUGAGUAUUUUGACGUAUUUUAAAAAUACUUUCUCAGUAGGUCAAAAAGUUUUAAAAAAUUAGACGUAUUGAAAAAAAGUCAAGUUUUGUAACAUGGCUGACAUACGUGUAACAUAGAUGUAUUCUCAUGACUUACAACAUAUUGGGUUGAGGUUUGGAAAACUGACAGCAUAUUAAAGCGUUUCUAAAUUAAAUGUUAUAUUUUCCACCUCGAAACCACAUUGUUUUUGUUGGUUCGUACAAGUGACGUUCUGGCAACACAUCUGUGGUAUUCACCAGCAUCUUCUUGUCACAAUUUUUUCCAUGAGCUUGAAAUAACGUCCAGAUUCCAGUUUUCAGGGUCUAUCCAUGGUCCUCAUCUGGGGUUUUCUUUUUGCUAGUGUUUUCUGUAGCUCCACCCCACCAUAUCUACAUUUGGCAAUUCUUAAGUUGUCCUCUUCAUCCAAACUUGAUAGACAACAGCAACUUCCACAUCAGAGUUUUAUUUUCUUCUUUUGUGUGAAAUGUGUGUGUGGGGGAUGUUAGUCGUGUUGUGGUGCACAUCAUGUGACUGAACUAAGUACACAAUGGCUACUAAACAAAAUAAAACAAAUCCAAAUAUGUGGUACAGAUGUUGUUGGUACUGUCAAACUCCAACAACUCAAUAUUAGCAAGCAACAACCACAUGACAUAAACAACAUAUUUUGGGCUGAAAAUAUGACGUGUCUUUUUAGGGCGACACAUUCAAAUAAAGAAAACUAAUCUGAAUUUGAAAAUUCAAGAUGGCCACCACAGCUUGUUUCAAAUUGUUGUAAAUCAGCCUUUUUUAAAAUGAACAGAAAUUUGGUGUGGUGAUAGCCAAGAGCAAUCCCCAUGAUGUUCUGAAAGCUAAUCUCAAUCUUAAGCUAAGGGCUAAUGCUAAGUUGAGAAUGAUAUAUUUCAGCCAAUUUUAGACACAUGAAACUGAUAUUCGGCAUAAUAUUAGCAAACAUUAUUCUUCAACAAAUUCUGAAUAAAAAUCUAAAUUGACCACCCCUCUUGCUGUUAGCAUAACACCUAGUUAAUGUUAUGUUGCUGCUCCGUAACCUUUGUUCUUAUUGCUUAUGUGAGCCCUAAUGUUUCAGAGUCAGCUUCAUUCAUGCUACAAAACUUUUCGACAUGACCAAUAAAUCUGUGGUAACGUGGCGUUGUUAGAGAUCACACUGUAUGCUUUCAGUUACAUAAAAAGCUGAUGUGACUUUUUUUUUAUUGCAACCUCCAAUUUUAAUACGUCAUAGAAACGCAAGGCAAAUACGCAAAUGUGGGAGAAGUAUUUUAUUCUGACUUGAUGUUUGUAGCUUGGGUCAAGCUUGAUGCUGGAUACUAAAAUGUUUUAAUUUAUUUUUUUCAGUUGGGAGUAAGUCAUAUUUUAUGAAUUGUACAAAAACUCAACUACACUAGUGCCUCUACAGAGAUAAGUACUAAUGUGAAGAUUAGAAUUUUGUAUAAACCUGAGUAAGUGGCCCAAUAUGCCUUUACUGAAGACAUCAUUAUUUUACCAACGUGGAUCUGUGGCCUACAGAUGACAGCAAAGUGAUACACGUCAUGGUUAAAUGCUUUGAGUCAUUAAUCCUAGACUUUUACAAAUUUAGCUUCUCACAAAUUCCUAGGACUGCUUGCACUACUUUUUAAAUGCUUCAGUUUGUGUUCAUAUGUGCAGUGUCAUUGUAUGUGUGAUUUAAAAGACGAAUAAAACAAUCUUAAAACCAAA